UUAUAGCGCCUCCUUUCGGCUCGAUUAGAUCCUGCCCGUGCAAAUGGCACCAUGGAGGCCGGGCGGCCAUGUUGUGUCAGCAUUCUACUUCCGUUCUGUUCCCUCUACUGUCUACAGCUUUGCUAUCUGCAAGUUUGACUGAACACAAUUGUGUGUAUUCGCUAUCUCUAUCCCUUUACGUCCUGGAUUUGGGCCCUGGUCACAGCCGGGAAGAGCAAAGUCAUGUCGUGUAGUGUUUCGUAUCCAAGGGACACUGGUGUGACACCGGCCUCACUGAUCGUUUUUGAGGAGACAACUAUGGAAGGAUGAAUGGGCUACGUGCACUCUUUUUGUCAGUUGGAGCGGAAAAUAUUAUGUAUAGAAUCCUAUAAGCCGUGAGGUCGACACAGGUUAAUCGGGUAAGGCCUAGCCUUCUUCAUAAUGUACUUGUGGCUGAUGAAACAGCAACACUGCAGAGGGAGAGAGGCAUGCUGUACGCCAGGAUUUUGUGCCUUGGGUGAGGCAGGGGGUCAGAGUUCGUCCAUGAAUAGCAUCUGGCAAACCAACUGAACUCUAUUCACCUCUAUAAGAGUACAUAAAAGGACAAAGCAACGUGCUGCGCCUCACGGACAAUGUGUACAUGCCCUUAAAAUAGCACGAAGAUAACUUGCACUGUAUGGCGGGGAUAAUUCGUUGAAGGGACGCCAUGGUAGCCAAGAUUCUAGACAGUAAACUCCGUGGUUCAUUCUUCCACUACGGACGCGUGCUCGCCAACUGCCCCGCCCCCUUCAUCGUUCUACCCUUGGUGUUGUCUGCGAUGUUGGGAUAUUUUGGAGGAUCCAGGCUGAUCCUAGGCGAUGAUUUGGAGUAUCUAUUUACACCAGAGGACGGGCAGGCGAAGAGAGACGGCACCGCAAUGCGGGAUGCUGGGUUCCAACCCACGGAUCUAACAGCGAGCUGGUCUGCUGGGCGCGUGAUUGUGAAGGUAAAGGACGACUGGGAAAAUAUACUGAAGAGUGAUGCCGUCGACGAAAUCCUGCGGCUAAACGACGCCAUCCGCAACGCCACAAACACCGAUGGAGAAACCUUUACAGACUUGUGCUUCAGGACACAGCUGGGAUGUCUGGAAAGUAACAUACUCGGCCUGAUGUCGAACUUUCGUCUACUAAACACUUCACAGGAUAUGAACAUCACAUAUCCGCACUACAACCCUUUCGGUGUCGGGGGGUUGUGGCCUGAUCUGUACUUGGGAGACGAACUUGGAGGAGUUGACACCGCAGGGGACAGUAGGACAGUUGUAGCUGCCAGAGCAAUGCAACUCAUAUAUCACGUGAACGCAACUGGACAGAGGAGGAUAAGUAUGAUGACAGCAUUCCACCGUGCUGUCGCGGACUUCCGGUCUGACAGAGUCCUCGCGUUCUUCACUUCCGGUGAUUCGCUCAACGACGAGAUUUUAACCUUACCGGAAAGAGUUAUGCCAUAUCUCGCCGUAUCCGGUGGUUUGUUGAUAGUUUUCGCGGUCGGGUCGUGCACGAUGGCAGACUGCGUGCUGACGAAGCCGUGGGUUGCGCUGGUUGGCGUGAUGUCGGCGGGCCUGGCGGUGGUGUCGUCCGUAGGGUUGGUGCUGCUGUGCGGCCAGACUUUCCCCACACACGUAGCCAUGGUGCCAUUCCUGUUGCUAGGUAUUGGUGUGGACGACAUGUUCAUCAUGAUCGCCUCGUGGCGUAAGACUGAUUCCCGUCUGGCGGUGCCGGAGAGGACGGGCCACGCCCUGGCUGACGCCGCCACCGCCAUCACCAUCACUUCUCUCACGGACUGUGUCGCCUUCGCGGUCGGGACCAUCACGGUUUUCCCUGCCGUGCGGAUAUUCUGCAUCUAUGCUGCUGUAGGCGUCGCCUUCGACUACGUGUACCAGAUUACAUUUUUCGCCGCCAUCUUGUCUCUCGCUGGCCGGAGAGAGAAGGCUGGUCGCCAUUGGCUGACGUGUCUCAAAGUUCCAACCAAUGAAGAGGCAGGUCAAAUGUCAUCAAUCAAAAAACUCUGCUGCUCUGGAGGUAAUCCAGCACAAGACGACGUCUCCGAUCAACAUAGUGAUGAAGAUCGCCGACUUCCGUUCAUGAAUAAGCUGCUAUGUAACUAUCUAGCCCCAUUUGUUGUAAACCCGUUAGGAAAACUGUUGAUAUUGUUAGUUUUUUUUGGUUACCUUGGGGUUGCGAUAUGGGGAUGUUUCCACGUGCGUGUAGGGUUAGAGUUUGAAAACUUGGUUGCAGACGAUUCUUUCGUCAAAGACUUUUAUCGCGCGGAGCAUCGGUACUUCAAGGAAUAUGGGCCAAAAGUAGACAUUAUAGACACGGGUCCUUGUGAGUACUGGAAGGAUGAAGUGCAAGAAGCUGUGAGGAACAAGAUGAGUUCCUUCGACAAAAGUCCGUUCUUUAAGAAUUCGUCCACAACCGCCCAAGUGUGGUUGGAAGACUACCUCUUGUUUCUAAAGAACACAGGAAACGGCAGUGCUGCUACAGAUGAAACUCUCUUCCUUUAUCUUCUCAAUACCCAGUUCUUACCAACGGUCGGCAGGCAUCACAAAAUGUCCAUAAUUUUCAACUCAAAUUUUACUGCUAUUGAAGCCUCCCGGUUUGUAGUCAUAACAAGAAAUGUCAAGACCAAAGAACAAGAAAAAGAUAUGAUGCUCGAAGCACGGAGGAUAGCGGAACAUGGCCCAUUGAAAAUGACUGCCUAUACCAUUGAUUUCGUUUUUUCUGACCAAAUUGAUGAAAUUUUACCCAGCACCUUGCAGACGAUACUCAUCGCUGCGGCCGCCAUGUUUGUUGUAUCAUUGGUUUUCAUUCCAAAUUGCAUCUCCACGAUGCUCGUGACAUUUGCCGUUGUUUCUAUAGACGCGGGACUUGUAGGUUACAUGGCGCUGUGGGGAGUACAGCUGGACAUUAUCGCCACAAUUUCCGUUAUCGUUUGUAUUGGCUUCUCUGUUGAUUUUUCGGCCCAUAUCACGUACGCUUACGUCAGUUCUGAAGCGGAAACGACAGGGGAAAAGAUGAGAGAAGCUCUGCAAACGGUGGGAAUGCCCAUCAUUCAGUCCAGCAUGUCAACUAUAUUGGGCCUACUUGUUCUCGCAUUUUUCCCAGCAUACUUGUUCCGAUCGUUCUUCAAAACCAUGUUCCUUGUGAUGGUGUUCGGCUCCUCGCACGGACUUCUGGUCCUACCCGUCCUUCUGACAGCACCCUGUCCGAAAUGUUGUAAUGCAAGACACCAUCGAAAGGGGGCGAUCGCCAACCAGAAGGCACAGGAGACGGCAAAAGAAAACCAAACCAGAGAAACUGCGUCGUCACCAAAACGUUCCCUGCACAGUUCAGACGGCUAUAUUCCAAUGAAAACGAUGUGUAGCUCUGAAAUGUCCAGGGAGGACACCAUAGAGCGCUGCCUACAAGAUGCAGAGGACACUUUACUAACUGUCAUUCUGGAAGGCAAGGCAGCCGGCCUAGACAACCCAGUACUGCGGGUAACACCAUUGCGUUUCAACGAGGAAACUAGAACCACAACACUCUGAAUGAAUAGCGUAAUGAUUCCCUUGAGGUCUCCAUCCAGAUAGCCGGGUCAAUUCCACACAACUAGAGAUAAGGAUUUCCCAGAUCCUGAAACUGUCUGGUGUAUAUAUAUAUAAGAGGAUUUGACUUUGGUAAUAAUAGCGGAAAUAUGUGUGUUUCUUUGCUUAAAAUCAAUGAUUCCUUUCCCACACAAUAUGUACUCAGCGUCUGUGCCCUGGACAACCCUUUGGGGCUUGUGUCUACGAUAAGUAGCGUUGUUAAAAGUAAGCUGUAGGCUGGAUUCUGUGUCCCAUGGGGGUCCCUUGUUCCCUAGUUCCACCCCAAAGGGUAGACUUUUUAUAUACAUGUGUAUGAUAAUAUAUAUAUUCAACGAGGUAAAACACCAAUGACAAGAUUUUACUCGUGGCAGCUUUUUCUACAGCAGGCAGCUUUUAUUAAUUA